UCUAAUAAGUAUGAAAUAGUAGCGUGUGUUCUUUAUUGAAGGCAUAAAAACAGAUUAUACAGAUUAAAUUGGUUUUUUUAUUAGAUUUUAUAUAUUUCAACUACUGAAUCGACGAUAUUUCAUUGAAGAAUUACUGUUGUUUCAGCUGUAAUUUGUGUAAAUGUACGAUAGUGGACAUUUUAUAGGUCUAAUACUGCGAUGAUGCCGAUAGGAAGUGCUCCUCCGGUGCACGGAUCUACUAAUUUAACUACGAAUAGUAGUACGCAAAACGCUAGCUUAACUCCUACAGGUGGAUCAAGUAAAACUAGUAGUAAUUUGAAACCUAAUUAUACUUUAAAAUUUACUUUAGCAGGACAUACAAAAGCAGUUUCUUCAGUUAAAUUUAGUCCUAAUGGUGAAUGGUUAGCAAGUUCAUCCGCUGAUAAAUUGAUAAAAAUUUGGGGUGCAUAUGAUGGGAAAUUUGAAAAAACCAUUUCAGGGCAUAAAUUAGGUAUCAGUGACGUUGCUUGGUCAAGCGAUAGCAGAUUAUUAGUUUCUGGUAGUGAUGAUAAAACUUUAAAAAUAUGGGAACUCUCCUCUGGUAAAUGUUUAAAAACCCUCAAAGGACACAGUAAUUACGUUUUCUGUUGUAAUUUUAAUCCUCAAUCCAACCUCAUCGUGUCCGGUUCUUUUGAUGAAUCAGUUAGAAUAUGGGACGUAAGAACUGGAAAAUGUUUAAAAACUCUCCCAGCACAUUCUGAUCCAGUGAGCGCUGUCCAUUUUAAUCGAGAUGGAUCCCUUAUUGUCAGUAGUAGUUACGACGGUCUUUGUCGAAUUUGGGAUACAGCUUCAGGACAAUGUUUGAAAACUCUAAUAGAUGAUGACAAUCCUCCAGUUUCUUUUGUGAAAUUUUCACCAAACGGAAAGUAUAUAUUGGCCGCUACAUUAGAUAAUACAUUGAAAUUGUGGGAUUACGCGAAAGGAAAAUGUCUUAAAACGUAUUCUGGGCAUAAAAAUGAAAAAUAUUGUAUUUUCGCUAAUUUUUCUGUAACAGGUGGUAAAUGGAUCGUUAGUGGAUCAGAGGAUAACAUGGUUUACAUUUGGAAUUUGCAAACGAAAGAAAUUGUACAGAAAUUACAAGGGCACACCGGUACGUACCUCAAAUUAUGUAAAUUAUCAACUGUAUCCAUUUUUGUGCAUAUCAAUACAGCUCAUUGUCUAUAUUUUUUAUGUUUUAUUUUCUUUUUAGAUGUUGUUUUAUGUACGACUUGUCAUCCUACUGAAAAUAUUAUUGCGUCUGCUGCAUUAGAAAAUGAUAAAACGAUUAAAUUGUGGAAAAGCGAUACUUAAUUUGUUUUUUUUUCUUUUCUAACGUUUAUUUUUUCAUUUUUAUACGUUUAUUUUGUUAAUAUAGAGUUGAGUAUUUUUUUAGCAUAAGUAAAUUGUGUACAAAACUAGCAAAUUUUAAAAAGAGAUGGAUCCAUCUCGAUGUAUUGAAAAAAUCUAAUAAAUGGAUGGAACUUUAUAUUUAAAUCAUUUUUAUUAUAAUUAAAUUAAUUUGUUCAAUAAAAAAUUAAUAAACUCUUGGAUCCAUUGUCAAAAAGCAAUUUUAUACUGUAUAAUUUGUGUUUUUGUGAUAUUUUAAAUCACAUCAAUGUAAUUGGAAAUGUUGAAAAAUUUUGAAAUAAAUUUUUGAAAUUUU